AUGACCAACAGUUCUACCUUCUGCCCAGUUUACAGAGACCUGGAGCCAUUCACAUAUUUUUUUUAUUUAGUUUUCCUUGUUGGAAUUAUUGGAAGUUGUUUUGCAACCUGGGCUUUCAUACAGAAAAACACAAAUCACAGGUGUGUAAGCAUAUACUUAAUUAAUUUGCUUACAGCCGAUUUCCUGCUUACUCUGGCAUUACCAGUGAAAAUCAUUGUCGACUUGGGCGUGGCACCCUGGAAGCUGAGGAUAUUCCACUGCCAAGUAACAGCCUGCCUCAUCUACAUUAAUAUGUACUUAUCAAUUAUCUUCCUAGCAUUUGUUAGCAUUGAUCGCUGUCUUCAGUUGACAUACAGCUGCAAGAUUUAUCGAAUACAAGAACCUGGAUUUGCCAAAAUGAUAUCGGCUGUUGUAUGGUUAAUGGUCCUUCUUAUAAUGGUGCCAAACAUGAUCAUUCCCAUCAAAGACAUCAAGGAAAAGCCCAACGUGGGUUGUGUGGAAUUCAAAAAGGAGUUUGGAAGAAACUGGCAUUUGCUGACAAAUUUCAUAUGCAUAGCAAUAUUCUUAAAUUUCUCAGCCAUCAUCUUAAUAUCUAACUGCCUUGUAAUUCGACAACUCUACAGAAACAAAGAUAAUGAAAAUUAUCCAAAUGUGAAAAGAGCUCUCAUCACUAUACUUUUGGUGACUACAGGCUACAUCAUAUGUUUUGUUCCUUAUCACAUUGUCCGAAUCCCAUACACCCUCAGCCAGACAGAGGUCAUAUCUGACUGCUCCACCAGGAUUUCACUUUUCAAAGCCAAAGAGGCCACACUGCUGCUGGCUGUGUCCAACCUGUGUUUUGAUCCGAUCCUGUACUAUCAUCUCUCAAAAGCUUUCCGCUUAAAGGUCACGGAGACGUUUGCUUCACGUAAGGAGACCAAGGCUCAGAAAGAAAAAUCAAGUUGUGAAAACAAUGCAUAA